AUGUCUCCACCACCAUACCUUCUCCACGUCAACUCCCGGCCAACCCAGGUCUCGAACGACACCUGGGAGGAGUGGUACAAGGUCGAACACCUGCCCGACCUCUACAAUGCCAAAACCUGUGCCCGAGCGACUUUCUAUGAGGAGAUCGGGCACCCGUUGGCCCCCAAUCCAGACCAUCCCAGAAAGUAUCUGGCUCUAUAUCAGACUGAGAUCGAAGAGCUCCUGAACUCUGAUGGUUACAAGAAUGGUGUCCGCAGAUCGAGCGACAUGUUCGAGAAGGCCGGAGCCAACAGCGCGGUCAACCAGGAUAACGGUGACUUUGAUGCUCGGUAUUAUUCCCUGUGGCAGGAAUACGAUCCGAAAGGCACAGGCGAACGGCUUUCGCCGCACAUUCUAUGCGUGUACAUGAACCCCGCCGACGUGGACGACUUUGAGAAAUGGUAUCGCGAAGAGCAUCUCGGACUUCUGGCAAAACUGCCUGGCUACAGAAGAUCUCUGAGAUACAAGAUCGGAUCUCGAACGCCAUUGACAAAGGGCGAGACGCAGCCCUUCCUGGCCAUUCAUGAGGUGGACGACGUAUCGGCGUUCGGUAGCAAAGAGGCUGAGGAGGCUAACGCAACACCGUGGACCGUGAAGCACAUCAAGGAAUCGAAUCCUUUCAUUGCUCGUGCCUUCAAGCGGAUUAGCGAGCAGGGUUAUUGA